AUGAGUUCGCCAGAGGUAAAAACUUUCAAAUUUGUAUUUUGGGCUUUCAAGCCAUGCAUUGAUGGAUUCCAAACUUGUCGUCCUGUUAUUUCAGUAGAUGGAACUCAUAUGUAUGGUAAAUAUGAGAUAAAAUUGUUAAUUGUUGUUGGAGUUGACGGAAAUGAUAACAUUCUUCCUCUUGCGUUUGCUAUUGUUGACAAGGAGUCGAAAGUGGCAUGGAAAUGGUUUUUUAGGAAACUGAGUACACAUGUGAUAAAGGAUAGAGAAGACAUAUGUAUUAUCUCUGAUAGGGCAAAAGGAAUCUUGACUAGUUUAUCAGAAUUGUGGCAAUUUCAGGAGCCUCGAGCCUUUCAUCGAUUUUGUUUAAGGCAUCUUAAAAGUAACUUUCAAUCUCAAUUUCCAAACAGGGACCUCAGUAAUUUGAUGUGGAGGGCUGCUACUGCUCAUCAAGUAAGGAAGUUUGAAGCUUUGAUGUGGGAAAUUCAAGAAGAAAAUAGAGAAGCAUAUGAAUACCUCAUGCGAAUUCCAUUGAACAGAUGGACUGUUAGCCAUGAUGAUGGAAAAAGAUGGGGAGUAUUGACAACAAAUCUUUCAGAGUCUUUCAACGGACUUCUAAAGAAAGCUCGAGGCUUGCCUGUCACUGCCAUGGUUAGACUUUUAUUGGAGCAAACCGUUGAACGAUAUACUUAUAGAUGUCAAACAACUCACCAACUUGUUGAGCAAAAUGAAUUAUGGACAAGCAGUUUCAAAAUGAAGUGGGAAAAGAACUAUGAAGGUUCAAAAAAACACUUUGUUUAUGAUUGGAAUAUAUCCACAGGGGUAUAUGAGGUUAGAUCUAUACAGAUUGAUGGUACUGGUGGUAAUCCUCACUGUGUUUCAUUAAGUGAAAAAAAAUGUGAUUGUGAAAAAUGGGCAAAUUUGCACUUUCCGUGUUCAAAUGUCAUGAAGGUUACUGAAAGAAUGUGA